AUGGACAGUACAAUAGCAGAACAUGAAAUACAAGCAUCUGUUGCUACAAAAACAACAGAAGAGAACAUUCUAACAUUUGAAUUGGUCCCUGAUAAUGUAUCAGAAUUACCACUGGAUGCACUUGAUGACAAUGUCUGCAAUGAUGAAAAAAAUCAACAAGAGAAUGUUGUUUCUGUUCCAAUAGAUUAUGUGCCUCGACAAGACACAUCAGUAAUCACAAACGAUAAUCAACCAGACCAGACUACAGACAUGGAUAGGAAUGGUUCGUGCAUCACAAAGAUUGGGAGGUUUCUAGAAUUUGUUUUGGGAAGAACGGCAGAGGUUGUUCGGUUUGACAAUGCCAGGCAACGCCACAAACAGUCACCAAAUGACACAGACUAUGCCAAAGAUCACAUGAAGCAAGUGGCAAUAAUGGAAAUAAAGGUAUCUAAACAACAGCGGCAUUAUAAAGCUCAGCUCAGUCAAUGGGAGAGAGAUUUUUUUAUCCAGAAUAACUGCAAAGUUGCUACUCAAGAUGACAUUGCCUCAUGUCAAGAUGCAAAGCUUCUUGUCAGGUUUAUUUAUUAA